AUGGAACGUUUCGGUAGAGUCAAAAUGAAACCGGUUGCAAGGCUCGCUCUUCUCCAAGGGACUGCGUUCGCUUAUGUGCCAUCAGUGCAAGUGUUUAUGGGACAAUGUUUGGUCAACAGCAGCACUCCGGUCCCGGAGUCCGAAUACUACAGUAAAUUGGCGCUUAUGCAAGGUUCUCUUAUGGCGGCCGCAUGUAUGCCGAUGCUAAUUGGUUUCACCGGAGUCGUCGGUGUUCUAACAAAAUUCAUUGGACCAUUAACGGUGUCGCCGUUGAUGUUGUUGUUGGCGUUUUCACAAGUCGAUACAAUGGUCGACAAAAUAAGUCUUCAUUGGGUUGCAACAAUACAAGCCGUCACACUAUUCAUCACCAUUCUCUAUCUUGCUGACGUGCUCGUUGUAUUGCCUGGUAUUAAACGUGGUAAACUGCAUUGGUAUAGAACUAAUCUCUUCGGACAGUAUCCAUAUCUCAUCGCUAUCGUGAUUUCGUGGGUAUUCUGUGUACUGCUCACCGUUUUCGACUUGGUCGAGCCAGGAAGUCCGGCUCGUGUCGACAUUCCUCGUAAAGUCAGUGCGAUUCGAAAUUCUGCUUGGAUCGCCGUACCCUAUCCUGGCAAAUUCGGAAUGCCGACAUUUGAUGUCAGUCUAUUUCUGGCAUUUCUUCUCUCAUCAAUGACUUCUGUCUUUGAGUCGGUUGGUGAUUACCACGCAGCUGCUCGAGUGUCACAAGAAAGAUCUCCACCCAGUCAUGCUAUCAAUAGAGGAAUAUUAGCUGAGGGAAUGGGCACAUUCUUAUCAGGAUUACUUGGUCCAGCAGUGGGCAUGACGACGCACACAGAGAACAUCGGCGUCAUUGGCGUGACUCGUGUCGCCUCCAGAUGGACGAUGGUUGUCGCUGGAUUGCUACUUAUUGUACUCGGUGUCUCCACUAAGAUUGGUGCUGUAUUGUCUACUAUACCUGAUCCUUUGGUUGGUGGUAUUUUGGGCUCAUCAAUGGCUAUGGUUGUGGGUGUGGCUGUCUCCAAUCUACAGACAGUGGACAUGAGCAUAUCGAGAAAUAUGGGUAUUCUUGGUUUUUCCAUGCUAUUCGGUAUGAUUGUUCCUGAAUACUUCAGGCGGUACCCAGUAGAUACUGGUGUCCAUGUCUUCGAUGACGUCAUCAAUGUACUCCUUAAAUUGCAAAUGUUUGUUGGGGCGAUGUGUGCAUGUUUUUUGGAUAACACUGUUGGCGGUAUGUGA